UUGUUCUAAUGCCGGCAGAACUACAUUUUCGAGGGAGAUCAUAAACACCUUUUGAGAAGUGGGUGGCCCUGAAAAGGGUUACUUUUGUUGGUGUAGAAUGACGCUGGAACCCGCCGAUGACUGCAUUUAUUUGUAUCAGCAUAUCUAUUGCCAGCGACAUCGCUGUAACCCGGCAUCCCAUCCGAUAGGCAUGACUCCAUGGCAUGAGGCCGACUUCCUCAAAAACCGGAAAGGUGUUUUUGCCACAAGGAAAUUCAGAAAAGGAGAUUUUUUAUUGGAAUAUCAUGGAGAAUUCAUUCCAUACCAGGAAGGUAAAACAAGAGAAAACGCAUAUCCUCUGAAGUUUGGCAGUUUCAUAUUCUUCUUGAAUUGGAAAAACAAGCGAUACUGUGUUGAUGCUACUUUUUCAAAACGGAUCUGCAGAUAUGUUAAUGAUGGAAUUGGAGAAUGUCAGAACUGCAUCAUGAAGCAAGAGCUAUAUGGUGACCGGCCGCACCUGUGUCUGUAUGCCAACAAAGAUAUAGCUGUUGGGGAUGAACUGCGCUAUGAUUAUGGUGUUUCUGAUCUUCCAUGGAGAAAAAAG